CCAGCUCCUUCCUUUCAUCAGGGCUGCAGCCUCUACCGCUCCCGAGCUUCAACUCUCAUUCAACUUCACCUCAACAUCCGACUUCCCGUUUUCUGUUCGAUUUUAAUUCACCAUACGAUGGGUGCAACUCUCGCUUCAGGACCAUGAUGCCCCCCUUACUGGCGAGUUCACAAACAGAGAAGGUCAUUGACUGCAGUGUGGGAGCGCGAUCGUCGCCGGAUCCAGUCCGACCACAGGUGGAAGUUCAAAACACCCCUCCUCUUGACCUGGUCGAAGACUCAAUGAAAGACAUCAUCCAAGCAUCCCGCCACGCCGUCGUGCCCACCCCUCAGCCUACCUCACUGGAUGACGACGACGAGCUGUACACCGCCACCCCUCAAGCAAACAAGGCGCGGGCGAGCUCUCCAAGAAAGCUAGCCACGCAGCGCCUCGCCGUUGAAGCUCCCGGCCACUACCGCAGUGCAAAUGGCACGUCCGAAUCUUCACAUCGCGACGCCCCCAACCUCACGAAGACAGUACAACCUGCACAAGCACCCGGGACGCAGAUCGGUGGAUCGAUGCAGACCCCUGCUUCUCGGUCGAAGAAAGUCCCACCUUCCAUCACAAAAUCUUCUCGAUCAUCUCUGGCAGCUCUCCGCGCAAGAACUGGAGGUCAAAAUCUGCCCACUUCAGUUCAAGGUGACUCCGUGGCGAGGUCGGAACCUGCUACGAAAGCUUCAACGCCAUCUGAAGCAAUUGGCUCCAUCGACGCCGAGUACAAAGCCAAGUAUCCUACACAGACGUCUGCUACGAAAGCCCGAACUCAAGCCAGUGCAUCUACUUCAGGCAUGCUGCGAUCCAGGAAUAGCAAUGCAGAGCAGCAAGGAUCAGCAAAUAGCGCGAAACCUGCCGCCGUAUACCAGCCAGCGACUAGCGAUGCACGAAACAGUCACAGUCGAAGCGACGGCGCUGACCGAUCGACAUCACCGAGAAAGAGACGAAGUUCGAGCAUACUGAAGCAGAACAAGCAGCCCAAGCGCCGCGUAGAUACUGUUGAGCAGGAUGUGUACGACUUGCCAGAGUCACAAACUGUCAAAGAAAUCCCUCCGGUGAAGAAGAAGUUUCGGUAUACAAACCGCUUGGAACCAAGAGAGACAGGCAAGCCAAGCCGCAGCUCUGCAUCCCUCAGCAAUUCGAAAGCCAAAUCAAGCGCGGCUUCCAACACUCAGAAGCACAAGCCAAGGGAAUCCGCGGGGCCCAAUGUGAGGACAAGGAGGAUGGCCGCACAAAGCACGGCACCUCAAGACGAACGUGUCCGCCGCUCUGCUGACCGGGAUGAAGCUUCGGUUCCAGCCUCGAAGAAAGCUGCCCCUGCAAAACAAUCCUCCAACGCCGAAGGGCACGUGGAAGAGACUCUGGUUGAACUUGAGCAAUCAGUGGUCAAUUAUGAUGCCGAGACCCCAGAAAAGGAGCGUCAUGAGGGCAAUCUGGAUGCGAAUGAGCUCCAACGCUCUGACGUAGACAACAAAGACACAGCAAAAGACGCCAGGGAGACUGCCAGCCUCGUCAUUGAAGCAUCUCAAAUGAAUGCGAUCAUCGCUUCAGACAGACAAGAAUCCAGCUGCCCAUCACCGUCAUCAGUACACGGUGAAGCCAUCCGCCUUCCCGCGACCACCGCAAUGGACACCAGCCAUUCGGCGACUCAGGUACCGAAGACGCCGACUCCAUAUCCUUCAUCUCCCCCAGUUACCGCCAAUGUGAAAGAUCCCACACCUCGAAAAUCUACCAUCGUGGCUUUUGCUAAAUCCGGUCCGCGUAACCAAGGCCGCUCAUCAGUCCAGAGACCGUCUCUCGGCGGUGGGGAUCCCAACUCAGAGGUCCUACACAGCAGAUCAUCUGUACCGGCCGAGAUCCAGGGCAGCGAUGUGACAUGGCUGCAAGCAAAGCAUGGGAAAGGACCGCCAUCCAUAUCAGCAUCUGUCACAUCUGGUCGAUUCCAGCAACCAAUUGAGUCUAGCAUCGUGGCCGAGGACGUGUCUGCGGCUCUCACCAAUUUCACCAGCAAGCAAAAAGGAGGCCCAGGGCCAAUUUCGGAGCGUUUACGACCCAAUCGUCCUCAGGUUACAGACAUUCCCCAACCUCGAGCAUCUUCGCCAAUGAAAGGAGAUGAUCAAUUUGUCAACAUCGGCGAUUUCGACGCUGCUAUGGGUGAAGCAUAUGAGGGGCCUGCGCCGAGGGUGGGCAACGUGAAAGCAAUGGACCUUCAACUUACCGCAUCUCAGCAGGCGAUGCCGCCGCCACCGUCAAAGCCGACCUUUCAGCGGAAGACGGAUCAGGCACCCACCGUCGCAGCCAUGGCUGUACAUCAGAACGACCAACUUCAACCCCGGCAGGGCGUCAGUAGCGACGCACGACCUAUGAAGCGGGCGCUCGACGUCGAAACCGUCGAACGGCCAUCUUCGAAGCGAUCUCGUGCUGAGGCAUUUGUAUCAGACAUUUCCCUACCCGUCGAAGAGGGGUCACCGCCAUCCCCUAACGAUACACAUGUGCAACCAGCUAUUAUCGAUGUUGCUCUUCCACCCACGGACACCUCUCGCAAGCCGGCUCGGGUUGCAUCGUACGGCUCCCAGAAGGUGGACUGCCAAGGAAGUCCUGUGCCAGGAGGCAUGAUAGUACCAGAGUUAUCGACUGCUCUGGAAACUUACUCUCAGAACGUACCACUGUCGCCAAGUGCAGCGGACACAGACUUCAGUCGUGCUCCAGAUCCCACGUCAAGAGUGGACCGUGGCUCAUUGAACGUAACAAAGCGUCUCAUUUCAACAUUGGCCGAAGAUGGUGCUCUAUCGAGCAAUGUCAAGCCUAGACCUGCUGCACCUCACGAGGCAUCGAGAGCCGUUACUGGAGUCGCAAGCACGGAUGACAAUGAAGAGCUCGUUGGUCGCGCAAAAGCAUUGCCGACAAGCAACCCCUUUACAAAGGCCGAUCAACCAUGGGUGGCGCCGUCCCGGAAGCCUAGUUCCUCGACUUUCGUCGACCAUCUCAAACGCAUCUCUGCUGAGGCUCAAGAGCAGGCCAGAAUCGAUUCUCUCAAGGACAUUUCUCCUCAGUAUGUCAACCGAAGCGUCGUUCCACCCACCUGGUGGAUGCGGAAACCGCUGCACUGCAGAUCGUGGAGGAUUACCGCACUCGAGGUGUUGCUCUCGUCGAACAGAUGGAAAGUAAUCACAUCCGACAGCGUGAGAAGUACGUCGAGAAAAUGACAGCAAGGAGAAAGAAGUUGCGCAAACAGUUGGGCGGGUACAGUCGAGAUCUGCAGGAGAUCCGUGACCAUGUGCCUAGACGUGCGGACAACCAUGCUCCAAAUAAAUCAGAGGAAGAAGAGAAGUUGCUGCGGGUUAUGGCGGAAUACUGUUGAGACUCGUCUUGCGAGGGUCGAUGCGCCAUGUCGCGAUAGCUCGGAUAUCUUGGUUUCGGUAUAGUUGCUCGCGAUGUAUGCGUAGGAAUCGCGGAGUCCGCGAGUGAAGAUGUUGCUUGAUGGCGAUACAAAUGUAAUGCGAAAAGUCCACACCAAAU